UGAAAUCCAAGGAGUAUUAUUCAUGGCUAUAAAUAGCAAAGAACCGAAUAAAAACCGUUAUGAUUCCAUUCCGUUGUCGAUAAAACCACAAAGAUUAGUGGCUCUUACUGUUCGUUGUUCUUUCUGAUCAUUCUAUUGCUCUAUUGUUGAAUGGCCAUUGUUGAGCUCUUAGUAUCGGCGACCAAGGUAGCUGCAGUAUUGGUAUCAUUGACAAUUGCAGCGAAUACUUUCUCUUUCUCUCGUUUUCGCAAGAAAAAUCUACACACCAUUGAUUCACCUAUCGACGAAUCUGCUGAUAAUCUUGCUGUUUUCAAUGUCAACCCCUCAGAUGAGGAAGUUCAGUUCUUCUUUGGAUUGGCAACAGCACCAGCUCACGUGGAAGAUAGGCUUGAUGAUGCUUGGCUUCAAUUUGCCAAAGAAAAGCCUUGUGAAGAAUCCACAUCUACUGAGCAGCAACCAACUGAUGGUCUUUUAGCUUCAGCUGCUGGAGAUGGUGGCGUUCAACCAGCUUUAUCUUCAGAAGCUAAAGAAAGGCCUAAGAAAAAGAAAAAUCUCAAGGUAGCUAUGGAAGCAAUGAUACGAGGAUUUGAGAAGUUCAUUGAAGAACCAGAUGAACAUCAAUCUUUGACUAGUGAGUUAACCCAUAAUGUGGCUGCCUGGCACAAUGUUCCGCAACCGCAUGAGAGACUAAGGUUUUGGUCUGAUCCCGAUACCGAACUUAAGCUUGCCAAAAACACCGGUGUCACUGUUUUUCGCAUGGGUGUUGAUUGGACAAGAAUCAUGCCAAAAGAACCAACUGGUGAAUUAAAUAAAGCUGUUAAUUUUGCAGCCAUGGAGCGCUAUAAGUGGAUCAUCCAUAGGGUCAGAUCAUAUGGAAUGAAGGUGAUGCUGACACUGUUCCAUCAUUCACUUCCUCCUUGGGCCGGAGAGUAUGGAGGCUGGAAAAUGGAGAAAACUGUUGAUUACUUUAUGCAGUUUACUAGGCUUGUUGUUGAUAGUGUUUCAGAUGUGGUAGACUACUGGGUAACUUUUAAUGAGCCUCAUGUCUUUUGUUUGCUUACAUACUGUGCUGGUGCGUGGCCUGGAGGUAAUCCUGAUAUGUUGGAGGUGGCAACUUCAGCUCUUCCAACCGGUGUGUUCAAUCAAGCUAUGCACUGGAUGGCUGUUGCACAUUCAAAGGCAUAUGAUUACAUCCAUGAACACAGCACAUUAUCAAAGCCUUUUGUUGGCGUUGCUCAUCACGUCUCAUUUAUGAGACCCUAUGGCCUCUUUGAUGUUGCUGCUGUCACAAUUGCCAAUUCCUUGACUGUUUACCCCUAUAUGGACAGUAUAUCUGAUAAGAUGGACUAUAUUGGGCUAAACUAUUAUGGGCAGGAAGUUCUGUGUGGGGCUGGAUUAAAGCUAGUGGAAACUGAUGAAUAUAGUGAAUCUGGACGAGGUGUCUAUCCUGAUGGCUUGUUCCGCAUUCUUCUUCAGUUCCAUGAGAGAUACAAGCAUUUAAACAUACCUUUCAUCAUUACUGAAAAUGGGGUGUCUGAUGAGACUGAUAAAAUCAGGAGGCCUUAUUUACUGGAGCAUUUACUUGCUAUUUAUGGUGCCAUGAUUAGGGGUGUUCCUGUUCUUGGUUAUCUCUUCUGGACAAUAUCUGACAACUGGGAGUGGGCAGAUGGAUAUGGACCAAAAUUUGGACUUGUAGCAGUUGACCGUGAUAAUAAUUUGGCCCGGUUACCACGACCUUCAUACCAUCUAUUUUCAAAAGUGGCAACAACAGGUAUAGUCACACGCAAAGACCGGGAGCAAGCAUGGAAUGAACUGCGUAGAGCUGCAAAAGGAAAAAAAACCCGACCCUUCUAUCGAGCAGUAGAUAAACGUGGUUUGAUGUAUGCAGGGGGUCUUGAUGAACCCAUAUGGCGCCCCUAUGUCGACCGGGAUUGGAGAUUUGGACACUAUGAGAUGGAAGGACUACAAGAUCCACUAAGUCGCUUCUUCAGAUUUAUUUGUCGACCUCUCAAUUUCAGAAGGAAAUCAGAAUAUGAAGAUGAAGAUGUUGAAUUGGCUUUAUUGCCUCUGGAGUCAACUGCCUGAUUAUCAAUGGUAAUAAGCAUCAUCCUCAGAAAUUUCUUCCAAGGAGCAAUCUUCUUGCCACAGCAAGUUCCACUUUGCUUAGACUGGAGUAGCUAGCUGCAGUGUAAAAGCUGAAGAAAUUGUACAACAUAUAUUCGUAUUCAACAUUAGUCGGUUUCUUAUCGCUCCUAGUUGUGGAUGAUGAUCUGCUGCAUAUUUUCGAUGAUGCAGAAUGCUUACACGCGAAAUAGUCUGAGUUCCAUGUGUAAUUGCCAUUGUAUAUAGUACCAAUAAGAAGCCGGCCGAUGCCCAGAAAGAUCUAUAGUGAAGUUUGUAAAUCUGAGAGCAGAUUCUUCAGUUUGGUCUCAACAUCAGCUGUCCAUUCAUACGAUAAGUGUAUGUUGAUAUGCAAAUUUGUAAAUUUCAAAUAAUUGCAUGUAUUAGUUCCUUAAUUUGUACAAUUUUUGUAUAUUUCAAAUAGAGAUCGAGUUAAUAUUGAUAAUAGAUUUCCAUUUUGUUUGUUAUCCUUUUAAAAAAUACAUUUAUUACUUGUUAGAAUACCCAAGUAUUCCAGUAUUAUAUACAAUAUAUAUCCCUAUUGGUUUUUACAAUGAAGGACAUGUGAAAACUUUAGAGGACCAAAAAAAGGAUGUGUUUGAUUAUACAAAUGUGAUACAAAGAAAUGUUAUAAAAGUUGUCAGAUCGGCCAC